UCCAAAUUGCAAACGGUUCCGGAGGACGAAGGUCAGGGCUGCAAAGCCUCCUUUGAAGCCAGGCUUGGCCAGGGGGGCGGCUGGCACCCAAUCUGGUGCCCAUCGGGGGACACCAGGGCAUUCCCCAGCCUUCCCUGGGAAGAGAGCCACAGAGAUCCACCUCAAGGCAGGCAGGCACUGGCCCAGGACUUGCAAAAGCCAUGUGGCCUGUCCUCUGGGCGACAGUCCGGGCCUAUGCCCCCUACGUCACCUUCCCCGUGGCCUUUGUGGUCGGGGCGGUGGGCUACCACCUCGAAUGGUUUAUCCGUGGCCAGCCUCCUCCGCCAGCACCUGAGGAUGAGAAAAGCAUUUCAGAGAGGCGUGAGGACCGCACGCUUCAAGAGAGCGCCGGGAAGGACCUCACCCAGGUGGUCAGCCUCAAAGACAAGCUGGAAUUUGCCCCUAAAGCGGUGCUGAACCGGAACCGGCCCGAGAAGAACUAGGAGACCUGCAUGGGUGCCUUCUUGGCCAACCAGAGUUCUUCCAUGGUUGGUUGAGUGAUUCCAAUUGGGUUCCACUUGGUUUGAAAUGUUGGGUUUUCUAACCCGGUUGGGUUUUUGGCUUUGCCAGGCUCAACCAAUGCUUGGCUGCCAUUCCUGUUGCCUUCACCCUCAAUUUGCACCUAUGGCAGACCACUACAGUCCAGGAGAUCAAUCAGAAGUAAGGGUGAGAGGGUUACUUUGGAACGUCAUGUGGGACCCUGCAGAACGAUUCACUAGGUUCACUUGUCACACAGUUGAACUAUACCUCCCCCCAAUAUUUUCAUCAAAGAUCCAGUUAUAGCUAAGCAUGAUCUCCUUUCUAUCUUGUUGACACUGGCCUCAUUUGACUUUCAGAAGAUACCUCUGCUCUUUCCAAAGUAUGUCAUUUCUCAGAGAGGAGAGAUUCCUUAUUCUGAUAGCUUUGGAGACUGUCGUUUUGAUUUAGGAUGGUUGAACUGAAGACUCUUUUUCCUAUAAGACUUCUGGAUGCCAGGAAAAGAUGUAACCACCACCACCACCACCAUACAAAAACAGUGAUGGCUACUUUCUUGCUGCUACUCAGGAUAACUGGAUGCAUUUUCCCAAUGGAUUUCUGUGUGUAAAAAGCACAGAGGUGGAGGAGAAGGCUGACUUUUUGGACAUGGGUCUUCCACUGAAAUUAAACAUUAAAACACAGUUUGAAAAUAU